AUGGGCCUUCAAGAGCAGGACGGGAAGCUAGUCUUCACCUACGACGCAGAGAAAGUCUGGGUAGAACCAUGGGGGCCAGAUUCUUUUCGAGUCCGGGCAACGAAAGCUCGAAAUAUGCCCUCUGAAGACUGGGCUUUGCUCCGGCCCAAGAAAGUCGACGUCAAGAUCACCAUCGACGACAAGACGGGCACAAUCUCGAACGGCAAGAUCAAGGCAUCUAUAACAAGCGGCGGUAAGCUCAUGAUGUGGAAUUCCAAGGGCGUGCUGCUGCUCGAGGAAUACUCCCGCCACCGACGGGAUGUCUUGGAUCCCAAAUGCAGCGCCCUCGAGGUCGAGGCCCGCGAGUUCUUGCCCAUUGUCAACAGCAACGACUACCACCUCACCGCCAGAUUCGAAAGUGUGGAUGCAGAGGAAAGUAUAUUUGGGAUGGGACAGUAUCAACAGCCAUUCCUCGAUCUCAAGGGUCACGACCUCGAGCUUGCGCACAGGAAUUCCCAGGCCAGCGUCCCGUUCGCCGUGUCCUCGCUAGGGUACGGACUCUUGUGGAACAAUCCGUCAGUCGGCAGGGCGAUCCUGGGCCGCAACAUUAUGAGUUUCGAGGCGAAGUCGACUCGGGCCCUCGACUACUGGAUUGUCGCCGGCGACUCCCCGGCUGAAAUCGUCGAGGCCUACGCCGACGCCACGGGCAAGGUCCCCAUGAUGCCGGAAUACGGACUCGGGUUUUGGCAAUGCAAGCUGCGAUACCAGACGCAGGACGAACUCUUGGAAGUCGCGCGCGAGUACAGAAAGCGGGAGCUGCCCAUCGAUCUCAUUGUUAUUGACUAUUUCCACUGGCCGCUCCAAGGGGAGUGGAAAUUCGAUCCGACAUACUGGCCCGACCCAGAUGCCAUGAUCAAGGAGCUGCAAGAGCUCAAGAUUGAACUGAUGGUCUCGAUCUGGCCUACUGUUGACCACAAGUCUGAGAACUGGGAUGAAAUGGUGGAGAAAGGGUACCUUAUUCAAUCUGACAGAGGCAUCCGGAUCGCCAUGAACUUCCAGGGUGAUACGACGCAUUUUGACGCCACACAUCCCGGAGCGAGAGACUACGUAUGGAAGAAGGCCAAGAAGAACUACUACGACAAGGGCAUCCGUGUCUUUUGGUUGGAUGAGGCAGAGCCCGAAUACACGGUCUACGAUUUCGACACGUACCGCUACCACCUGGGAUCCAACGUCUCCAUCGGCAAUAUCUACCCCGUCGAGUACGCAAAAGCCUUUUAUGAGGGCAUGGAGGCCGAAGGACAAAAGAACAUUGUCAACCUCAUCCGGUGCGCAUGGGCCGGGAGCCAAAAGUACGGUGCCCUGGUCUGGAGCGGCGACAUCGCCUCGUCUUGGGGCAGUCUGCGCAACCAGGUGGCAGCUGGCUUGCACAUGGGCCUCUGCGGCCUCCCCUGGUGGACCACGGACAUCGGGGGCUUCCACGGCGGAGACCCGAGGGACGACAAGUUCCGCGAGCUCUUUGUCCGAUGGUUCCAGUGGGGUGCUUUCUGUCCCGUCUUCCGGCUCCACGGCUGUCGGGAGCCAGAGCAGCCGCAGCAUGGUACGACGGGAGGCGCUACUUGCCGCAGCGGCGCGCCGAAUGAGGUUUGGUCGUAUGGGCCUGAGGUCUAUGAGAUUUGUAAGAAGUACAUGUUUCUCCGUGAGGAGUUGCGUGAUUACACACGCUCGCUCAUGAAGGAGGCGCACGAGAAGGGUACGCCUGUGAUGCGGACGUUGUUUUACGAGUUCCCGAAAGAUGAGGAGACUUGGAAGAUUGGCCAGCAGUACAUGUUUGGCAGUAAAUACCUGGUAUGCCCGGUGCUGGAGCCAGAGAAGAGGAUCAUCAAGGUUUACUUGCCCCAUCUAGAAUCAGGAGGCAAGUGGACGGCACUGCUUGAGGGCAAGUCAGACGCAUAUGAGGGUGGGAAGUGGAUCGAGAUUGAUGCUCCUUUAGAUUGGAUGCCAGUUUUCAAGAGGGAGUGA